AUGGCCAAGAAGCUCUUGAGAAUGCCCAUAUUCAGCUCGUUUUUAUCGUUUUAUGAAGAUGUGCUACUUUCUGCUUGUCACUAUUUUAUUUUGCUUUGCAGCUUUUUCCUGACCCACGACAGCAUUGGAAAGAACAGAGCACAGGCUGCCACAGAGCUUCUCCAAGAACUCAACAGUGAUGUAUCGGGCAACUUUGUUGAGGAGAAUCCCGAUAUGCUCUUGGAAAACAAUCCAGAGUUCUUCCAUCGAUUUACCAUUGUUAUUGGUGUGCAGUUGCCUGAAAGCACCAGUCUGAGGCUUGGCUCUGUUCUGUGGAGUGCCUCAGUACCGUUCCUGCUUUGUAAAACGUACGGCCUCAUUGGCUACAUGAGGCUUGCUGUGCAAGAACACACAGUGAUUGAAUCACACCCCGACAAUGCUUUGGAGGACCUGAGGAUAGACCAGCCCUUUGCUGAAUUCAAGAAGCACAUUCAGACCUAUGACCUUGAACGGAUGGACAAAAAGGAUCACAGUCACACACCUUGGGUAGUCAUCGUUGCUAAAUGUCUUGAAAAAUGGCUCCGUGAGCAAGACCUGCAGCCACCCAGAAAUUACAAGGAGAAAGAAGCCUUCAGACAGAUUAUUCGGGAAGGGAUCCUGAAGAACGAGAAUGGUGUCCUGGAGUAUGAAGAAAACUUUGAGGAAGCCAUCAAGAAUGUCAAUACUGCUUUAAAUCCAACCAAGAUGCCAAGUGUUAUCCAAGACCUCUUCAACGAUGACCAAUGUAACAACAUAACGUCACAGACUCCGCCCUUUUGGCUGAUGCUGCGAGCUGUAAAAGAGUUUGUACACAAUGAAGGCUGCGGCAGCCUACCUCUGCGGGGGACCAUCCCAGAUAUGAUCGCCGACUCGCAGAAGUUCAUCAGCCUUCAGAAUGUUUUCAGGGAAAAAGCUCUGCAGGAUGCGGCGUCGGUUGGCAGAUACGUUGAUAGUCUGGUACAGUCUGUUGGAAUGGCACCUGAAAGUAUCUCUGAAAAGGACAUCCAACUCUUUUGCAAGAAUGCGUCCUUCUUACGAGUGGUGCGCUGCCGAUCUCUAGCAGCAGAGUACAACGUGGACUCAGUCAACAGAGAUGAAAUCACCUCAUGCAUGGACAAUCCCGAUAGCGAAAUGGUCUUCUACCUCAUGCUUCGAGCCGUCGACCGCUUCUACCAGCAGCACUCGCGCUACCCUGGAGUGUAUAACUAUCAAGUCGAAGAGGACAUCAGCAAGCUGAAGCUGUGUGUCACCAGCCUGCUGCAGGAGUACAACCUCAACGUCAACAUCAAGGAUGAUUAUGUGCACGAGUUCUGUCGAUAUGGUGCAGCAGAGCCCCAUACAGUUUCUGCAUUCAUGGGAGGUUCAGCCGCGCAAGAAGCCAUCAAGAUCAUCAGCCACCAGUUUGUGCCAUUCAACAACACCUUCAUCUACAACGCAAUGUCACAGACCUCUGCUACUUUACAGCUGUGAGACAGGUACUCAUUCUGAACUCGUUCACCACAUCAGAGAUUGGACAUCCGCGGAUUUGGAUUUGGUCGCUGCUCUUCGGCAUGAUUUUUCUGUUUGACUUAUGUGCACUUGAGCGUCAAUUUGGCCGAGUUCUUGAAGCGGGAGAGAGGAUACAUGUCGAACCCUUAUACACAUUAGAUUACAUUUAAACAGUUUGAUUCGAUAUUAUACUAUUGUCUGCUGGCUGAUACAGGAGGACUUUUUUUUUCCCCCAAAAGAAUUUAGAGCCGUUAAACUUUGCUUGUUUUUUUUCUCCCCAAUAUUAUCCUCAUUCAUUUGUUUGGGGGUGAACUAUUGCUUCAAAGUAUGCUCGGUUAUUAUGUGUUCCUGUGCAAUCAAAGCAUGUCAGAGUUGAUCCUGCUGUCCUGAUUUUCAACAGUAGGUGGCACACUUCCAUUCACAGCUUCACAUUCGGUUCAGACUCAAUGGACACUUCAUUAGGUACACUUACGCAGCUCUUUGAUCCCAACAGCACCGCCAUAGAAGUACAUGUGAUUUGCUUCUCUUUUAUAAAGGUCACUGAGAGGUUGGUCUUGUUUCCGCAGACUUUGGCAGCAAAAAAUUCAAUAGUUAUUCUUUUAACGCUCCGCCCAUUUCUUUGAUGUCAUUGAGUCAUAAUUGAACUCAAGUUUUCGAAAUGGACACAUAGUAAUUUUCAGUCCCGGAUGGCUUAUUGUAAGAUAUGUGAGUAAUCUACGAGCAAAAUGGAAACGGUUACUUACCGUGCGGUAUCAUGUCCUUGGAAAAAAAAAAGAAUGUGUCAAGUGUUGUGAGCAAGCUGCAACAAAAGUACAGGCGAAUAUUAGCCGCCAUUCAAAGAUCAGAAUUACUCAUGUCGGACCACAAUAAAAACAUUGAUGUGUCACUA